UUGCCCUAACCUCAUCUCACCCUCGCUAGUCCUUCGUUCGCUACCACGCUCAGGCACCUCCGGCCUUAGCCUCGAGUGGCGCCCAUGGCCAUCUCUACGGCCCUCGCUAUCCGCGCCUCUCCCUCCUGCCUAUUCUCGCACAGGGGGAAUGGAAGCAGUGCAUCUCCGGGCCUCCGAGGAAUGCAAGUUUUAACAUCAGGUGUUUCUGCACGGUUGGAUGAGAGGAUACACGGUCAAUCUUAUCUGAGGAAAAAUACAAUCGUGGCAUCAGAGAAUGAAAAUCCACCUUUAAUGCCUGCUAUCAUGACUCCUGGUGGCUCUCUGGAUCUGGCAACCGUACUCCUGGGAAACCGUAUAAUCUUCAUUGGUCAAUAUGUUAACUCGCAAGUGGCACAACGUGUAAUAUCACAGCUUGUCUCACUUUCUGCUAUAGAUGAAGAGGGUGAUGUUCUGAUCUAUCUUAACUGCCCUGGCGGAAGUCUCUAUUCCAUCUUAGCAAUUUACGAUUGCAUGUCCUGGAUCACACCGAAAGUUGGGACAGUGUGCUUUGGUGUUGUUGCUAGUCAAGCAGCGAUUAUUCUUGCUGGUGGUGAGAAGGGGAUGCGCUAUGCGAUGCCUAAUGCUAGAGUAAUGAUUCAUCAGCCUCAAGGUGGAUCAGAGGGUAAUACGGAGGAGGUGAGGAGACAGGUUGGGGAAACAAUUUAUGCUCGAGAUAAAGUUGACAAAAUGUUUGCUGCUUUCACGGGACAACCAAUCGAUAUAGUGAGACAAUGGACGGAGAGGGAUCGCUUCAUGUCUUCUUCCGAGGCCAUGGACUUCGGACUAGUCGACGCAUUGCUGGAAACGGGAUGCUGAGCAAACGGCUGCAAAUUGGAGCUCUAAGUCAGAUACAUUCACCAUGUUUCGUUGCCUUGUCAAUAGGGACCGAACUAUGUUCAGUCACUAGGGAUGAUGACAAGGGGAUGCCAUUUGGCUCUUAGGAGUUGGGCUUCGGCUGCGGGUGAUCGUGUUGGAUAUAUUAUCGAUUUUCUCAUUAAUGUAAUUCGUAAGUAAAUCAUCAUAACAAUGAUGAUAAUGCUAAUCUCUCAUUGUAAGCUAAUGCUAGAAAUAUAUCAUAUGGAAUUAUGAAACUUAUAAGUACUACUUUCUCCGUUUCUAAAUGGAAGUCUUUUAAGAGAUUUUA